AGGAAGGGAGCGUAUUUUUUAUUCUCAUUGACAUUUAAACUCUUUGGCACAUCCAAAUGUGAAUAAAACUGGACAAUAAACCUCAGCAUUAUUUGCUCUAGGAACUUUUGGGCUGGUAUAACACAAGUAUCGGGACCACUAAAGCGCCCGUCCGCAAUUUCAGGGAUUUCCAAUUGUACUCAAGAUCACUGGGAAACUAUUCUGCUGCUGAACUCUUUCAAGAUAUUCGCCAGCAUUUUAAUCCGGUUCAGAUUGAAAACUGACAAGGACUUUGACGUCGGCGCAGGAUGCCACAGAAAGGAAUACAAUAACUAGUGAGCGGCAGAUGAGGCUCUUUAAAUUGUUUUAAGCGGACAAACAACUCGUUUUCCAGAAUACUAUAACCGAGCCACGUGGGAGUCGGGCGUAGCCUCCAUGAUGCAGAACAAGGUGUAUGACAUCUGUAACGAAGGUCACAGUGGUGUGAAUCAGCUUGGCGGUGUAUUUGUCAACGGUAGACCACUGCCUGACUCAACAAGGCAGAAAAUAGUUGAGCUUGCACACAGUGGCGCGCGACCGUGCGACAUCUCCAGGAUACUGCAGACCCAUGCUGAUGCAAAAGUCCAAGUGCUGGACAAUGAAAACGUAUCAAACGGGUGCGUGAGCAAAAUCCUGGGCAGAUACUAUGAAACUGGCUCAAUCAGACCCAGGGCAAUCGGGGGUAGCAAACCAAGAGUAGCGACUCCUGAAGUGGUCGGGAAAAUUGCGCAAUACAAGAGGGAGUGCCCUUCUAUCUUCGCCUGGGAAAUCCGAGACAGACUUCUAUCAGAGGGGGUCUGCACCAACGAUAAUAUACCCAGUGUAAGUUCAUUGAGUGUGUCAUCAAUAAACAGAGUCCUUCGCAACCUGGCUAGCGAAAAGCAACAGAUGGGUGCAGAUGGCAUGUAUGAUAAAUUAAGAAUGCUGAACGGUCAAACUGGAACUUGGGGGACACGUCCGGGCUGGUACCCCGGAACCUCGGUACCAGGGCAACCAAACCAAGAUGGUUGUCAGCAGCAGGAUGGAGGUGAAAACACAAAUUCAAUCAGUUCGAACGGAGAGGAUUCAGAUGAGACACAAAUGAGGCUUCAGCUGAAGAGAAAGUUGCAAAGAAAUCGAACAUCGUUUACGCAAGAGCAAAUAGAAGCCCUGGAAAAAGAGUUUGAAAGAACUCACUAUCCAGACGUUUUCGCAAGGGAGAGACUAGCAGCCAAAAUAGACCUCCCAGAAGCCAGAAUACAGGUGUGGUUUUCUAACAGAAGAGCGAAAUGGAGGAGAGAAGAAAAACUCCGAAAUCAGCGAAGACAAGCAAGCAAUUCUUCAAGUCACAUUCCCAUUAGCAGUAGCUUCAGUACGAGCGUCUAUCAGCCUAUUCCGCAGCCCACGACGCCCGUGUCCUUCACAUCAGGGUCAAUGUUGGGAAGGUCAGAUACAGCUCUGACAAACACAUACAGCGCCCUGCCACCCAUGCCAAGCUUCACUAUGGCCAACAACCUGCCUAUGCAACCCCCUGUACCCAGCCAGACAUCCUCCUAUUCCUGCAUGCUGCCCACCAGUCCUUCAGUGAAUGGGCGGAGCUAUGAAACAUACACGCCCCCUCAUAUGCAGGCACAUAUGAACAGCCAAUCAAUGGCCACUUCUGGUACAACCUCAACAGGUCUCAUCUCCCCUGGAGUAUCUGUCCCAGUCCAAGUUCCAGGCAGCGAACCUGACAUGUCUCAAUACUGGCCAAGACUACAGUAAAGAGAAGAACUACUUCACUUUGUGACUUUUCACUGAGGCUUGUCUGUCCAGCAGUAUUCUAUCAAGAACAGAGAGAGAAGAAAGACUCUGAAAGAGAUUUUUUUUUGGACUGGGAUUGUACCCUAUGCUAUGAGUCUUGGGACAAGAAGACUUGAAAAGAUUGACUUUUGUAAAGUGCCCGGUGUUAUAUCCUAAAUGGAACAAAACUCUUCGUUUUCGGUUUUGGACUUGCGUCAUUUUUUUGUGUUUUUGUAUAUGGCCAUUUGUACGUUAUGACAAACACAAGAACAACCAUGGAUGGACUAUGAGACUCAGUCAUUCUUUCAUCCGCCUGAAAAGGAGAAUCUGGGGGCAAGAUAAUCUGCUAUUAAUAGUUUUUUCUUAUAUCAAGUACUUCUACCAGUCUUUGUGCAGAUUGCGGACUCUGUCAAUACAAGCUCGUAUCAUUCCACUGCUGAGCUGGAAGAAAGAUGCUAGCUGUUUGUAAGCCCCUUUAUUUGUUUUUUCCCCCAAAAGUUUGUUGGCAGAGAAAACGUAUGAGGGAGCUCUACCUGCUGAAUAGGAAGCCAAACAAACAUUCGAUAGCUGAACAGUAGAUUGUGUCUUCGAUAUAAUUCAGUUUGUUUUUGUCAAUAUGUAUUUGUCUUCCCUAGAAAUCUCCCAAAACAAUUUCUAUAAUAAAGUUAAUUUCAUUUACGUUUCCCAGAAUAUUCUAUAGAUUUUUCAUGCACAUUUUCAUGCGUCAUAAAUACAUUUCUUUAGGUCAGGUAAAAACUCGUUGUUCUUAGAUAUAGUUGUACUGUAGUGUUUUUCAGUCAGAUCAUUUUUGUGCGACUAGAGAUAUUUCAUUCCUAUAAUUAAGUAAAAAAAAAUUGCUUGCCAGAAUUUUAUAUAUAAGCGUUUGGAAGUUGUUUACAACUACAUAUCAGAAUUGCCAUUGUUGAUUGUAAGAACAGACCAAAGCCUUGUAUUUCAUUUAUUACACAUUUUUCUUUUUUAUUAUUA